AUGGGCCCUUACGAUUAUCAAACACGAGAUCGCCGCAAAGUACAGAGAAGUGGAUCAACAACAAGUACGAGUAGUUCGUCUACUGUACGUGAAUAUAAAUACGCACCAAAUCAAGGAGGUGUAUAUUCUGGUGGAUACCAUCAGCAACAACCAUCAGGAUUUCGGGGACAAUAUCAAACAGGAGGCUAUGACGGCUACUCUCAUUCACAGUAUGGAUCGGAGGGCGGCUAUGGAGGCCAGUUUGGCGUUUCUAAUGGAGGUUAUGGUGGCGGUUAUGGUGGAGCAGUCGGUGGUGGCUUCAGUGGUGCUGCCUCGGGUUAUGGUGGCUCCUAUGGUGCUAGUGGUGGAUCACAGGGCAGUGCGACAUUUCAAAAUGGCCGUCGACGACAAGGGCGAUAUCGACGACAAGUGAUUCGCCUACCAGGUCAGGGACAGGGACAAGUGCGCCAGGUUCGUCAUCGUCUGCCUACGCCUGAACCAGAUACAUUGGAAAGAGUUUAUAUUCAAAGUUCAGCCGGUGAAAUAAUCGAAGAAAUAACUGAAAUCCCUACCACUCCACCACCUCAAGUACGUGAGCGAACCGUUGUUGAACCUGCAGGACCACCUCAGGUUAUUAAAAAAGUUCUUCGUGUCCCACCAAGAGGAGUAUACGGACAACAGCAAGGCUAUGGUGGCCAAGGUUAUUCAUCUGGAGGAAGUGCAGGUGGUCUCAAUGUGGGAGGUGGAAGCUUCGGAACUCUGCAACAAGGUGGCAGUUUUGGAACACUAGGACAGGCACAAUCGCAGUACGGUGGCUAUGGAUCUUAUGGAUCAAGUUCGUACGGCGCAGGAAUUGGAUCAAGUUCGUACGGCGCAGGAAUUGGAUCAAGUUCGUACGGCGCAGGAGUUGGAUCAAGUUCGUACGGCGCAGGAAUUGGACCAAGUUCGUACGGCGCAGGAAUUGGAUCAAGUUCGUACGGAGCAGGCGUUGGAACGGGAGGCUAUGAACAGUAUGGACAAGGGUACACUCAGAACUAUGCUCAAGCGGCUCCUUCUUAUUCAAGCGGAUACGUGCAACAGAGCUAUGCACCAAACAAUUAUGGUCAACAACAAUAUGGUGGAUAUCAACAAUAUGGCGGAUUACAACAACAAGUUAGUUCAUCCUACGGUUAUCAACAGCACCCAGGAUAUGGACAACAAAGUUUCGCUCCUCAACCUGUACGACCACCUGUAGGCGCAUUUCCUGCUUUUUGCUUUUAUGUUUAA